CCAUGGCGGUUGCAGUGUUCUCCUUCUCGUUGCGGCUUUGCUCAUUCUCAUUCCCAGCCUCGCUUCCAAUUUCAGACUCACUCAUUUCACCUCUCUCUCUGACGCAAAUUGUAGCAAGCCUCAGUCCUACCUACUCUCUAAUCUCACAGCGACGCAAAAGCAGGCAAUCCAAAUCUAGUGAAUGCAUGAUAUACUAGGGAAUAGCUUAAGAAGAGUUUGAGGGAUAAAACAACAAAGACAGAUGUGGGUACAGCGUGCAAAACCAUUUAGGCAGAUAAAGGCCUUGAGUCAGUCUUUUAAGUCGCCAUGGAUUUUUUCGAUAUCGUCUUCCUACUCGGAUACUCCUCACAAGAAGUCGAAGCUUGCCCCUCUACAGGAAAGGAAAAUGAUAGACAGGUUUAGGCUAUAUGCUAAAGGGGGCGGUGGUGGCAGUGGUUGUUCCAGCUCUCGCCGUAGUCGCCAUGACCGCCAUGGCAUACCUGAUGGUGGGAAUGGUGGAAGAGGUGGCGAUGUGAUUUUGGAAUGUUCUCCAACAGUUUGGGACUUCAGCGGUUUGCAACCUCAUCUUAUAGCACAGAGAGGGGGACAUGGAUCCUCGAAGAAUAAAAUUGGCACCCGAGGAGAGGAUAAGGUUGCCCAAGUGCCCAUUGGUACAGUGAUUCAUCUAUUGCAGGGUGAAAUUCCUUUUGUUGCUGAAAGCCAUGUUUCUAAAGAUUUGGAUCCAUGGGAGCUUCCAGGUACUCCUAUUGAUGAUGUAACUGGCUCUGACCAGCAAUCUGCCCCUAGUGGUCCAAAUAUGGCAGUGGAUACUAGGGGUAGCUCAUCAUCUCGACCUGAAAGAAUUAUUGAGGAAUCAGCUCACAUGAAGGAAAUCUCCCAAGUUGAAUCCACUGAGGUUCCUACUCAAUCUCCACCUUCUUUGUCUGAGAUUUGCACAGAAGACAAGACAGAGGAAGAAGAACAAAUGCAAUACAACGUUGCUGAGUUAACAGUAAGAGGUCAACGACUAGUUAUUGCUCGUGGAGCGGAAGGUGGUCUAGGUAGCGUGUCUCUCAAAGUCCCAAGGAAGUUCAAAUCUGAUUCGUUGGAUGCUCAAGUAUCUGAUGAUGAUCAGUUGACCCUCGGUGCUGGUUUGCCUGGUUCUGAAGCUGUUCUCAUAUUAGAGCUAAAGAGCAUUGCUGAUGUGAGCCUAGUGGGAAUGCCGAAUGCUGGUAAAAGUACUCUAUUAGGGGCUAUAUCUAGGGCUAAGCCUGCAGUGGGCCAUUACGCCUUCACCACUCUUAGACCCAAUUUGGGGAACCUAAACUUUGAUGACUUUUCACUCACGGUUGCUGAUGUUCCGGGACUCAUAAAGGGUGCCCAUGAGAAUCGUGGACUUGGACAUGCAUUCCUUCGCCAUAUAGAACGCACAAAGGUUAUAGCUUAUGUGGUGGACUUGGCUGCUGGAUUGGAUGGUCGAAAAGGAACCCCACCUUGGGAACAGCUUAGAGAUUUGGUCUUAGAGCUUGAUUACCAUCAAGUGGGUUUAUCUGAUCGACCAUCACUCAUAGUGGCAAAUAAAAUAGAUGAGGAAGGGACUGAAGGCGUGCAUGAAGAACUGAAAAGAAGGGUGCAAGAUGUUCCUAUAUUCCCUGUCUGUGCUAUUUUGGGGGAAGGAAUUCAAGAGCUAAAGAUUGGUCUUAGGAAACUUGUGAAUGGUGAAAUGACAGACAGACUUCAGGUCGAUAAAAUUAUGGUUGAUUAAAGAGAUAAUGGAACAUGACUAACCACUCAACAAGAUUCUGUAUACAUGUAAGUCUAGCAAUUAGUCAUGAGA